AUGGCUGAGAGAAAGUGUCAAGGAGCAGACUGUGCAAAUGAUGCGGGGACUUUACAGUGCCCGACAUGUCUGAAAAUAGGCUUGAAUGAUAGUUUUUUCUGCUCUCAGGAUUGCUUCAAGAAGAACUGGAACCAACAUAAGGCUCUACACAAAUCAGCCCAAGGCAAGACACCAGAUGGCAUCAUCCACAAAAUCAUCCCUCCCAAGGUGGUCACUAAACUUGAUCCAGUUACCGGACUUUAUAAUCCUUUCCCGUCCUAUUCCUUCACCGGCCCGGUCCGACCGGUCUAUCCGCUCUCAGCAAAGCGCAGCGUCCCAAAGUCGAUCAAGCACCCGGACUGGGCCCAGACCGGGAUACCCAAGGGCGAACGACGCUUGAGCAGAACGAAGAUUGACAUUUUAGAUGCCAAGGGUCAAGAGGCCAUGCGCAAGGUCUGCCGACUAGCUCGAGAAGUACUGGACAUCACGGCCGCAGAGCUCAAGCCGGGCAUCACCACCGAUUACCUGGACGAGGUCUGUCACAAAGCUUGUAUUGAGCGGGAUUCGUAUCCUUCGCCCUUGAACUAUAAUCUCUUUCCCAAAUCGCUGUGCACGUCACCAAAUGAAGUGGUGUGUCACGGAAUCCCCGACCAGCGAGUCCUCCUCGAUGGAGACAUCCUUAAUCUCGACAUCUCGUUAUAUCACGACGGCUAUCAUGCGGAUGUCAAUGAAACAUAUUACGUAGGCGAUCGAGCCAAGGCGGACCCCGAUUCGGUCAGAGUAGUGGAAACGACACGGGAAUGCUUGGACAUGGCAAUUGCUCUCAUCAAGCCCGGCACACUAAUCCGAGAGUUUGGCAAAGUCAUCGAGCAACAUGCCGAGUCAAGAAACUGCAGUGUUAUCAAGACCUGGGGGGGCCAAGGUAUCAACACCGAAUUCCAUCCCCCGCCGUGGAUCCCUCAUUAUGCCCAGAGUAAGGCGGUGGGAACCUGCAAACCCGGAAUGACUUUCACCAUCGAGCCCAUCUUGACGCUGGGAAGGCCUUGGGAAGUCUAUUGGCCGGAUGAUUGGACCAAUGCAACGGUUGAUGGUAAAUGGACGGCCCAAUUCGAACACACCUUACUUGUUACAGAAACAGGUGUUGAGGUCUUGACUGCUCGAAACAAAAAUUCCCCAGGUGGUUCGAUACCGAUGCCGACUACUACAAAUGGGAUAGCAGAAGCUUAG